AAUAAGGAGAUGUUGAAGCUCCUCCUCCCACUCCGAUAUGAUGGGAAGUCGGUGGUCGAAUGCAACCACUUCAUCUCGCAGUUGCUCAUCUACUGGGCGAUCAACACGACCCUCUCUUCCAUCGAGCUGAAAAUCCAGAUUUGUCACGACUUG